AUGACUAAGCCCUGUCUUUGUGUAGGUUACCAGCCUCAUACACCAUUUCCUAUUGCACUAGGCUCCAUGCUCCCAACUCUGCCCAGCAUCACACCUGUGACAACUGGUAAGGAAGUGCCAUCUCACAGUAUCAGCAGUUCGUCACAUAUGCCCAGGUCCCUAGCUAGCUUGCAUGGGCCUCCCUCAACACCAUUAUCUUCAUCAUCCCAUCUUGAGCUUCAGCCAGAGAAGGAUUCUGUAGAGUCAGAGAGCCAGGAACAUUCUCUCCACCAUGAACUAGUGACAACUAAGGAGAUAUGCCAGCAAUUACUUGAGUCCAUAAAUUCACUCAGCAAUGUUUCUGGUGGGAUGAAUGUCAAUGAUCCAUUCUUAAUACUACUGCAUCAAGUUCACCAGGACUACACAGUGCCUCACUAUAGUGCCAAUGAACUCCCAAAUGUCAAGUACUUCUGGAAAGCAAAUUUUCUCUGUGAUCACCACAAUGGCCAUGGAUACUUGAAAACUAAAUUUGGGUAUGCCCCUCCAACAUGGGCCAAGGUAUCCUCACCAGCACUCAAGUUCUUUGCACAUUCUAUGUGGAUUAAGUUCAGUGCCUUCUGUUACUGCGCAGAUAAUUGGAAGGACAACAUGUUCAUGUCCAUGUACUAUCCUGGUUGGACUGGCCACUCCCAUGAUUCCGAAGGCAUUGCUCUGGAUAUCAAGGAAGAGAGAAGUACUCCAAUGUUGCCAAAUGAAACAAUUCUGCAAAAGCAACCACAAUCAAUUUCUCUACCUCUGACUCCACAGUUCACAAAGAAGAAAAAGGAAGUACAACUAGAAACCCCACUCUCAGGCUCCAGUGGCAGUUCUUCACAUGUUGAUCUUACUGUGGCAGACCAGAACAGUCCUGCCAAUGUUGUCCAAGAUGACAACCUCAUUGAUGAUGCAUACAAAUGCAUCAAGCCAGAACUAAUGACUCAACCAGUAGGCUUGCAAGCAUUGGUCCUCUGCCAACUUCUUGGAGGACUUAACUCAGCAAACUUGACAGAAAUCAAUGUGAUUGCCACUGACCCAAUGCUGGCACCUGCCACUCCAGUCUCACACCCUAACCCAAUGCCAGCACAUGCCACUCCAGUCUCACACCCUAGGCCUUUGUGCAAAGAAGAAGCACAGUGUGACAGACAGAAACUUGACAAUGCAUGCAAGUCAGACUUCCACAACACCCUGGAACUUAUGUGCAAUCAAUUGGUGCAAGGAACACAAGGGCAGGACUGUUGUGGAGGUAAGGAGUACAAGAGGAAAGCCACCAUGGUGAAAGAAAUGAAGAAGAAUGCUAUGCAGUCAAUGUUGUCCUCAACUGUCUCAGUUCACAUAUCCAAUGGCAGAAGGUCAAGCAACCCAGAAGCCUUGAAUAUUCCAUCUGCCAUCUUCAAUGUUUAG